GUCAGAAUGUAAUAAAUCAAAUAUUUUCUAUCAAUCUAAGCAUCUAACCUUUGGAAUAUGCACUACAAAGAAAAUUUUGCAGUGACAAAAUAACACGCGUCAAGCAAAACUUGGUUUACAAGUUUACAACAACUUUAAAAGCGUGUGAACUUGAGUGAAAAAUGUCAACAUGCGAUAGGAAAUAGGUAUGAUUGAUUAUUAUUGAACAAUGAACAUCGUGAUAUAUAAUCAAAUUUUCUAAUCAACAAAUUAAGUUAAACAUUUGUUUCUCAGAAAAGUAAAAUAAAAUAACGAAGCAAAUGCAGUAAUACUUUGAUGAAUGGCGAUAGCAUGAAUUCGUAACUAUUUGUUUUCUUUUCCUGUAAUCCCAACAAAAAACAAUCAUAAAAGGAAGACAACAUUAUCAUUAUGUUGUAAUCCAUGAUUUCACAUGCCAACAGCUGCAGUUAUGAUUGUGAUCCCUCUCUUAUUAAUUCUUAAAACCUAAUCAACAAAACACUUAAUUAAUACUCGAUUCAAUUGAUUCAAUUGCAUUAUUACAAUCUCUUUGACGCCAUCCUUAUCUGAUCCUAUAUCUUUUUCUAAACCAAAUAUUUUUUCUCCUUUUUUUUUCUUUUAUACAAGAGUACUCUACAUAAGUCACUAUUUCAAAAUUUUGGUGUUCAGACUAUAAAAUAUUAUUAAGUCCUAUUUUCAACUAAAAGCCAUAUUCAGCGGAGAAACUUUCCUUUCCUUUUCAUUUCUUCCUUUUCUUCAUAGUUUACAGAUUGUAUACUUCACCUUUCUCCUUCCUUGUGGCAACAUUAUAGUCAUCAUCAAACCCUAAUCAUAAGAGGAUCUCUGUUAUCAGACCAAUGGCGGAGGAUUCAUACGAGGAAGAAUGCGAUUACCUAUUCAAGUCGGUGCUGAUCGGAGACUCAGCGGUCGGAAAAUCAAACCUCUUAUCAAGAUUCUCCAAAGACGAGUUCCGGUUAGACUCUAAACCAACCAUCGGAGUUGAGUUCGCUUACAGGAACGUUCACGUCGGAGAUAAAAUCAUCAAAGCUCAGAUUUGGGACACUGCAGGUCAAGAAAGAUUUAGAGCAAUUACGAGUUCGUACUACCGUGGAGCAUUAGGGGCAUUACUUAUCUACGACAUAACAAGAAGAACAACUUUCGACAACAUCAAGAAAUGGCUUUUCGAGCUCAGAGAGUUCGCUAAUCCAGAUACCGUCGUGGUCCUCGUCGGCAACAAAUCCGAUCUCCGACAAUCGAGAGAAGUUGAAGAGGAGGAAGGUAAGAGUCUAGCUGAGUCAGAAGGUCUUUGCUUCUUGGAGACUUCGGCUUUAGAAAACGUUAACGUCGAAGAAGCUUUCCUAGUGAUGAUCAAACGUAUACAUGAGGUUGUAACGCAGAGGAUAGCUUCGGACAACAAAUCUAACGGAGUUGCAACGUCUCAUGUUAACGGUAAUGGCAACGGUACGGUUGUUCCUGUUGGUAAAGAGAUUGUGAAUAUCCAUGAAGUUACUGCGACCCAACCAGUAAGCUCUUCUUCCAAAUGUUGUUUCCAGUAAAUAAUUAAUGUAAUUUUUGUCUUUUUACUGGUUAACUUGUGAACCGGUUCGGUCACUGAUGUUUCCAUUUGUUUGCUUUGGAUGCUUUAUUUACACGCAAUCAAGUUCAGUUUCUUACAAUCAAA